UGCUCAAAUACUUUCUUUCUUGUAAUUUUCCCCUUUUCCCCUCCGUUCUAUCAUUAUCCAUAUUAUCAGAUAUCAGUUCGAAAGAACGAGCGUGGGGGAAGUGGAAGAAGAGAUAACAAGGCGAAGACUCUGAGAAUCCGAACCAAAGAAACAACGACGAUGGCAGCCAUGGCUGCACUGCAAAGCUCCAUGACCUCUUUUUCCCUAACCUCCAAUUCCUUCUUGGGACAACGUCUCUCCCCAGCCACUCUCUGUCUUGUGCCAAUUAAGUCAACAGAGAAGCCAUGUCUCAUUUCCGCAAAGCUUAAGCGAUGGGAGCGGAAGGAGUGUAAGCCAAACAGUCUUCCUGUCUUACAAAAAAUGCAUGUUAAGGUUGGUGAUACAGUGAAAGUAAUAUCUGGACGUGACAAGGGAAAAAUUGGAGAGAUAACCAAGAUCUUCAAGCAUAAUAGUACAGUGGUAAUAUCAGAGAUUAACUUAAAGACGAAACAUGUGAAGAGCAGAGAAGAGGGUGAACCAGGACAAAUAAUCAAGAUUGAAGCACCCAUCCAUAGCUCCAAUGUGAUGCUGUACUCGAAAGAAAAGGAAGUAGCAAGCAGAGUUGGCCAUAAAACCCUUGAAAAUGGGAAACGAGUUCGAUAUCUCAUAAAAACCGGUGAAAUAAUUGAUACUGAGGAAAGGUUGAAGGAACUCAUGGAAGGAAAGAAGAAGACUGAAUUAGCUGCUGCUGCUGGGGGUGCUUCAUAGGCAUUCAUGGUUAUUUCACCAGUAAUGUAGCUUUUUUCUGUUUGUAAUUCUACUUAUUUAUUCUUCUUUUUUUUUCCCUCUUUUCAUUGUUGCUAUAAAGUAAUAGUUUUGCUUAGUCUGUCUGUGUUUGGCUGUAUUUUAUUGCAAACUAGAAUAUGGGGAGCGCAAGUUGAACUCAUUUCGGUUCUCUACAUUACAGUUAAUGAUGCCAUUGCUCACGAAA